CCGGCUCUAUCUCUGUCCCUCUCAGGACGAGGUGGUGUAAGGGGGAGAAGGCCAAAUGUCUACGUGAAUACUGUGUCCUUACGCGUUUGUUGUGGCGUGUCUGCGGCACAAAACCAAGCCAAAACUGAGUAACAAAGAGCCCAACUUAUCCCUGGUCGUGGCGCUCCCUCUGCCGACAGUCACCGCUCAGCUCUGCCCGGCUGCCAGAGCUUGGUUAUAGUAAGCUUGCUGAAGGAGCCUGGAAAUCAGCUGAACCUUGGAAAAGAAGAUGGAAGGAUUGUUGUCAGGUCUAUGAUGAUAAAAUAAUGGAAUAGGACAGACUGUUGGAUUGUCCAGCUAUACUGUUAGGAGGUUUUUUUGGCAAAGAAGAGAAGAUACCUCUAAAAUACAGAACACCAGUAUGGAAGUUAAAAUCAGUGAAGAUCAUUUGAAAGCCCAGAAAAUGAAGAAGAAGGUAUUGAGGAAGCAGGUCAGAGCUCAGCAUACAUUGAUGAGACAUGAGGGCAUAAAGUGCAUCUCCCAUGCCACGCAGAGCCUGGUUAUUGCCAAUGCUGGUCUUGGUAAUGGGAUGAGUAGACAGCAAUUGCUCAGGAUACUCGAAGAAUAUGGAGCAAUGGAAACACUCUUAAUGCCACCAAAUAAACCAUAUUCAUUUGUGAAAUAUAGGACAACAGAGGAAGCCAUGAAAGCCUUUAAUGCCCUUAAUGGAAAGGAAGUAACACUGGAAGACUGUGGCCAGAACAUUGUUCUGUAUAUUAAUUUUGUGGAAAAAGUUGCCUUGCAAAGUGCUGUUCCUACAAGCUUGCCGCCAGGCUUAAUGGUAAUUGAAAAGAUUAUUUCUCCAGAGGAAGAAAGGAGGAUGUUGGAAAGUAUUGACUGGAAAGGAGAUGAAGAUACUCAGAAUGCCCAGAAGACUUUAAAGCAUAGAAGAGUAAAGCAUUUUGGAUAUGAGUUUCGCUAUGAUAACAAUAAUGUUGAUAAGGACAAACCAUUACCUGGAGGUCUUCCUGAAAUUUGCAACCCAUUCUUGGAGAAGUGCUUAAAGCAGGGAUAUAUCAAACAUAAACCUGAUCAACUGACUGUAAAUCAGUAUGAGCCUGGACAAGGAAUUCCCCCUCAUACUGAUACACAUUCUGCUUUUGAAGAUGAAAUAAUCUCUCUCAGUUUGGGAGCUGAGAUAGUGAUGGAUUUCAGACACCCUGAUGGCCAUACAGUAGCAAUUAUGCUGCCCCGAUGCAGUUUAUUGGUGAUGACUGGAGAAUCCAGAUACCUGUGGACACAUGGAAUCACACCCCGAAAAUAUGAUGUUAUUCAAGCAUCAGAACUUGGGCACAAAGUUAGAACAAUCACUGCUGAUGUUGGAGAUUUAACAUUAAAUCGAAGGGAAACAAGGACGUCAUUUACAUUCAGGAAAGUGAGGAGAAGCCCUUGCAAUUGCAUUUACCCAUCUGUCUGUGACAGCCAGAAAGGACAGCAGAGACCAGCGCAACCUUCAUUUCCCCAGGAUGAGAGGGAGGCCUCAAAGCUGGAAGAAGAAUAUGUACACAAGGUGUAUGAGGAGAUUGCCACACACUUCAGCAGUACCAGGCAUAGCCCAUGGCCCCGAAUCGUAGAGUUUCUCAGGUCCCUGCCAACAGGUUCAAUAGUGGCUGAUAUUGGUUGUGGUAAUGGGAAGUACCUUGGCAUCAAUGAGGAUUUGUACAUGGUUGGCUGUGAUCGCAGCAAAAACCUGGUGGAUAUUUGUGGAGAAAAACAUUUCCAGGCAUUUGCCUGUGAUGCCCUGUCAGUGCCAAUCCGCAGUGGCUCUUGUGAUGCCUGCAUCUCUAUUGCUGUAAUCCACCACUUCUCAACAGCAGAGCGGAGACUGGCUGCUAUCCGGGAAUUAGCUCGGCUUCUAAGACCUGGUGGAACAGCACUCAUUUAUGUCUGGGCAAUGGAACAAGAAUACAAAAACCAGAAGUCUAAAUACCUUAAGGAUAAGAAUGGUAGUAAAAACAAAAACAAGGAAAUGACUACUGGAACAGCCCAGAGACCACUUAGUGGUCAAGCGCCUGACAACAGCAGCCAAGACUCAGCGUGGUCUGACCAGCACCUUAAUGACUUGAAGGAUGAAAGCUGUGGUGCCAAGCCAGUAACAGACUUCAGACUGCCUGUUCACACUAACAGAACCUCCUUUCACUCUCAAGAUUUGCUGGUUCCCUGGCACCUGAAAGGUGGUACUAAAAAGGAGGGAAGUGUUAAUACAGAGUUGGUUUCAGGUGGCUCCAAGGAAUCGCAAGAACUCAGCCCUGUUUUCCACCGCUAUUACCAUGUGUUCUCUGAAGGGGAACUGGAAGCCGUGUGCAGAUCCCUGGAUUGUGUGAAGGUGCAGAAGAGUUACUAUGAUCAAGGAAACUGGUGUGUGAUUCUAGAGAAAUUGUAGCCUGUGAUGCUUCUUCUACUAUGUGUAGAUAGUAUUUUCUUUGUUUUUUAUAGUGAAAGGUAUUUUUGAAAGGUAUUUUAAUGCAGACUGUAGCUCUUUCCUCUUCAAAAUAACAGAAUAAAGAUUGUAUAUUGAGUUAAUAACAGUGGCUAGCACUGUGUGCAUAUGUUAACAGAAUAAAGGCCAAACUCAGCUACUA